AUGUCCCAAUCAUCAUCCGUCAGGGUUGCUGUUCGUGUACGUCCUUUGACAGAGCAGGAAAAGACUCAGCAUCAUCACCAACAAGGCAUCGUACGCUUUGUUCCCGACCAACCCCAAAUCACAAUUGGCAAUGAGCAACGAUCGUUCACAUUCGACUAUGCCUAUUCUCCAACAGCCGAGCAACAAACCGUUUACAGCACAUCCGUCAUGCCAUUGUUGCACAAGUUUUUGGAUGGAUACAACUCGACUAUUUUGGCAUAUGGGCAAACGGGCAGCGGUAAAACUUACAGCAUGGGCAUCGGCAUUGAUUCGGCGUACAACACAGUCUCAACAGGAGGUGGCAUCGUUCCUCGUUUCAUCGACUCUUUAUUCGAACAAAUCGAGACUCGUAAAAGUUGCUCAGAGGCAUAUGGUGCUCAAGUCUUUGUGUCGUUCUUGGAGUUAUACAAUGAAGAUUUGGUGGAUCUCCUUAAUCCAGUCAAAGGGAUGAAUCUCAUGAUCCGAGAAGAUGCUCAAGGCAACAUUUGUUGGUUUGGUGUACGUGAAGAGCCUGUCAAUAAUCCACAAGAACUUUUGGGCUUACUUCACAAGGGAUCCAUUGCACGCACAACAGCCUCCACGGAUAUGAAUCGUACAUCCUCCCGAUCACAUGCCAUCUUCUCGGUCAUAUUGAAACAACAAAUGGAUGAUGGUCGACGUUUAUGCUCCAAGUUUCAUUUCGUUGAUCUUGCAGGCUCUGAAAGGCUUAAACGUACAAAUGCUGUGGGAGAUCGAGCCAAGGAAGGCAUUUCUAUCAAUACGGGAUUAUUGGCUCUUGGCAAUGUCAUUUCUGCUCUGGGUGAUGAGUCACGAAAAGCAUCCCAUAUCCCAUAUCGUGAUUCAAAGUUGACAAGAUUAUUGCAAGAUUCUCUUGGUGGCAACAGCCAAACAUUGAUGCUUGCAUGCGUAUCACCAGCCGAAGCCAAUUACACUGAGACGCUCAACACAUUGAAAUACGCCAAUCGAGCACGCAAUAUCCGUAAUCGUGUUACAGUGAAUCAGGAAGCUGCUGCGGAUGCAUCAAUGACUGAACGACUUAAAGCCCAAAUUGUGCGACUCAAAGAAGAACUUCGAGGCAACGAUGACUUUUUACAUGCUGUGAACGAUGAAAUGGAUAAUCUCAAAGCCGAGGUGGAAGAUUUGAAUCGUACCAUUGCACACAUGACUGAAGAUUUGGCACGCACUCAAUACGAACGUGACAUGUUACGAGAUGGGACACCUGACAACUUGAUCGCCGAGUAUGGAAAGACCAUUGAACGACUACGUACCGAGCUUGCCAUGACAAGUCGUGCACAUCAACAACAACAGGCAGCAGCGGUUGCUUCGUUACCAUCACCAGCACAUACACCCACUCAUGAUAUGGUGGAUGAUACAAAGCUCAACAUGUCACCUCCUCUUCCUCCACCAGCUACAACAACAACUACUACAACAAAGCCUACUACCACACUCAAGAAACGACACAGCUACCGUUUUGGUUCCAAAAGAUCAUCCAUGCGUACCUCACGUAAAAGUGGUGGUAGUAGUGGUGCAAAUGGUGGUAGUGGUGCCAGCAAUCGACGUAGUCUACAAGGCGGUGUGACACCACCUAUGCCACGUACUCGCAAUCUUGAUCAUUUCAAAAAGACCUUGAUGGAGGAACGUCGAUUCUUACAAGAACAAGAUGCCAUUAACAGCUUUGCUGAUGCUUUCAAUCCUGCCAAGGGACGUGAUUCUGCUGUCAUGCAAAAAUUACGUGGAUGUGUGGAUGCCAAGCAACAAUUGAUUCGUAUGCUCGAGCAGCAUCAAGCUCAGACACAAGCUCAGCAUCAACGUGAAUUGGCUGAACAACGAUCCCAAUAUGAAGCACGCCUCAAGAAACUUGGCAACGAAGUCACCAGCUGGAAACGGAAGCAUGCUCAAGCUAUCUCAAGUGCUGAAAUGGCCCGUAACAAGAGCAACAGCGUGAUUAUGGGAUUCAAGACCAAGCUUGAAAAGGCCACACAAGAAAAGAAAAAGCUCACCAAGCGCCUAAAGCAAGAGAGUGAUCGUAUGCGAGAGCGUACAAGUCAUUAUGAGCGAGAACUUAAGCGUGCCAAGCGUGCUGAGACACAAGCCAUCAAUGCCCGUAAGCGGACUGAACGAGAUGCCAUGCAACACAAACAAGCUGCCAAGCGUGCUGCUGAGGAGGUUGGCCAAUUAUCCAGUCAAAUGAAACAAGUGGCUCUCAUGUUGAAAAAGAGCCUUGCUCAAAAGCGUAUUGAUCGACAAGUAUUAACCAAAGCCAUGGCCUGUGCCAGUGUGCGUGGAUACGUGGUGCGACAAUCCUUGGGUCGAUUCAAGAGUGCGCCUUUACAACAACGUGUCUAUCAAAAGAAGCGACUUAUUCAACGUGCUAUUGCUGUACAUGCAUCCAAGAGCAAUGCAGCUGUGGAUGAAUUACAUGCACGAGAACAACGAUUACUCGAUGAACAACGUGAACUGCUGGCAGAACGCGAAUUGGUGCUUGCUGAGGGAGAUGAUGCUUACAUGGAUGAUCGAAUCACUGCUAUUACGCUUGAACUUGAUCUUAUUCGUUUACAAUUGGCCAACAUUGAACAACAUCAUAGCAAGGAUGCUGAUGAUCCCGAAUUGGAUUCACCUGAACUCGCCUAUCAAGUGGCCCUUUCCAUUAUCCGAUCCCUUGAACCAGAUGAAGCUCGUGUGGUAGCAGAAGCACUCAUGGAACAAGUAUUGGAGCUCAGGCAGCUACAAACGUCUCAAGUCAUGUCCCGUUGUGCUGAUGCUGUCGUUCUCAAAUUGCAUCAAGCCGUCAUUGAUAUGCGUCAUUCCCCCUCCGAUCAUGUCUUACUCAAAGCUAUCCAGUCUACUCCCGUAAACGCCAUUCAACAAGGCCCCAUCGUCCCUAUUUCUGUAACAUAG